AAAAAAAAUGGUAAAGAGAAAAAGCAAGACCGUGGCACCCCACAAACCCAACGUGGAACUCCUUUCGGAGGACGAGUGGAUGGCCCGGAGAAACACAUAUAUGCAGCGUUUGGCGGACCUUCGGACAAGUGUUGCCCUCAUUGAGGAUGCCAUCGACGAGCACAAUGAACUGCAGAAACAGCAGUUGCAGGAUGAAAAAUGGAACAGUUACAUGGCUUGUGACGGUCUUCCAAGUCCCAAAAGUCCUGCCGAAAUUCGAAAAUUCGUCUUCCAGCUGAAUGUUUUAGAAAAGGAAUCCUGCGCUAAUGAUAUCAGCUGGCUUCUUCCGGUGGACGAGCGGAGUUUACUCUCGCAAGCACUGGACCGCAAGGACAUGACCCGGAGGAACUUGGAAAAAAAUAGACCAAAUAUCGGACAGUUCUACGAUGAUACUGUGCAACGUAUCCUGUUAACCAUCACACGUGUGGGAAGAGUACUACGCAACGAUAACGAGCUCCUUCGCUUACCAGCUUUUCAAAUUAUUGAGCUGGAUAAGAUACCAUCAGAACUGAAUGCGGUCAUAGAGAACUUCUUCGAUAAACUUGCAUAUCGCGUAAUCUCUUCCCCCGAAGCCUAUAUGACAAACCAGGGUAGUAUCUUAACGCACUACUGCUAUAACUCCAAAAACUUUGAUUUCCAAAUAUGGGGACUGCAGGAUGUGCCAAUUCGUUUCAACUAUAUGAAGCUACCGAUUAUGUGCUCGGAUCUCAACUGCGUUGGAGUAACUCUUCAGCUGCCCCUUAGUGUGCUCCGUGACAAUCUGACCCUCCGGUGCGUACACACAUUUUUUGACCCUUACUCCCCUUUGGCCAAGAGCUAUGAGCUAGUCAUUGAUGGUUAUAUGAGCCCAAAUUGCGGACUUAUGGAUAUCGGGGACAGUGUGAUGACCGAAUGGAUGACCCAGAUGGAUAUUCAGGAGGACCUUAUGACGAAAAUGAACUCGGAAAUGCAGAUUUACAACGAGACGAUUGCCACAAUUGCAGCAGCAGAAGCUAAGCAAAAAAAAAAGUCCGAUAAUAAUGAAUCUAAAAGGAAAUCCAUUCCAAAAACCCCAAACAUGCCGCAAGAACUACCAGUAGGCAUGUUUCCAGACCCUUACAAGAUAUUCCUCGAACACGAUAAACGAGAUUGCAUUGACUUUUUUCAAAGAAAUUUUCAUCCCGACCAAAUAAACCUGCUGCCUUAUGAGGUCAACCUGCGCCGUUUUAUCAUUAUGGGAGGCGUUAUUUCGAUCGUCUUUGUGAGAAAGCCGAAACAUACCGCCUUUGAAAAAUUCAAUAUAACGCUUCACGAAGAUGGACGUGCUUUGCGAAAGCAAGUGGAUGCUUUGGAUGACAUUAAUGACGUAUCAACACGCAGGUCCACUAAACCAAGCAUUCUGCAAAAACCAAGUCGUAUGGAAAUGAGGCGCGAUCUUGACCAGGGGGAAAACUCUGAAUUUCAUUUGCACUUGGAGCCGGACGAGCUGCCGUUUUACUUUCUCACUUUCAAGGUGCCCGACCAUUUAUGCCUGUGGGGCGAACCCAUGGUCUGUCAAUUUGUUGAGGACGAAAUCGAAAGAUUGCAGGAAGCUGAAAUAGAAAAAGUAGUCGAAAAGACGGAUAAAAAGAAAAAAGUAAACAAAAAGCCUUCACAGAAACUAUCCGUACAAAAAAUUGGUACUCCCUCAAAAGGAAUAAUUGUGAAGGCAGAGAAUCCGGAAGAAAAGGGCAAGCCGAAUUAUCACAAGCCAACAAGAGAAAGUUCAAUCAACAUUUAUAGACCCUCGGCCUUGGCAAUGGUGCGACAGGGAAGUUUGGAUCCGGAGCAGGUUAAUCAGGGUCCAUUGAAAAACUUUCAGCUGCAAGGCGAACCUCUAUCAAGACGCAAGACUCGUCUCCUUCAGGAGCACUGCCUACCACGAAUCAUAUCCUCGUUCAAAUUCCCGCAGGAGUUCAAAGAUGGCGAGCUCGAAGAAAAGGCCGUCAAAACCGUAACGGGCCCGAGUCUUUACAGGAGGCGGGAGGUCAGUUCCGUCGAAUAUGCGAAAACUGAAGAUUACUUCUUCAACUACGAGGAUCAGUCCAAUCCGGAGCGAGUGUAUCCAAAGUUUCCUGCGGUAAAGGACCUACAGCUAGAGCUUGGCAGGGCGCACGCAACCAAUAAGGAUACUUCGAUGUAUGGCCUUGUACUGACACUGGACGACAUCAAGGAGAAGUACAUGGAUGCGCCCAAAAAGAUAACUGAUCAACUGGUCACUCAAGCCGUUAGAAUGAGCAGACGUACUUUUCAGGAACCACUUAGUACGAGUCGAUCUCGCCGACAGAGUUCCUUCGUGAGACGGUCUUUUAGGCAGUUGGGAUUGGAAGCGAGCACCGUGAGCGUUGGCGACUUGCGAUCGGCUGAAAUGGAGUAUGAACUCAGCGAGGCCAGUGAGUCCAGCGAGCCCGUGAGAAAGACUAGAAAAGAAAAUCGUUUUCCAUCUGAAAGUGUUUCUCGGAGUUAUGAAAUCGUAAAGGUCUUCUACUGGACCACUAAGUUCAUCAUGGACUCGAAGUUCGAUAAGGCAAGUAAGGUCCUCACCAUCAAGACAGAUCGUUUGGGGAACUUUGGAUUCGCCUUCCAGCGAUACACGCAUUUUCCCUUUAAUCACUGGGAACUGGAGAAGAACGAGGAGAACCCCGAUGAGAUCAUCUUCACCUUGGACACCCAACACGUGCGUGUUGUCUUCUUUAUCACCAGGGAUGGCAUUCGGUGUCAUGCGCUUGACAUACCCAAGGAAUACAUUGCCAGGCCCAUUAAAUAUAUAGAUAUCGAUAAACCCAUCUCAGAUUUCGUCGAGCUUCGCAAGCGCCUCCAGGACAUGAACCUGAAUGUGUUUGCGGAGCUGGACGCUUUUUUCUACAUCGAUAAAGGCUAUUUUUCACAGAAGCACCUGGCAGCGGAGUUGCAUGUCUACGACGCCAUCGCUGUGCAUAGCAAGCUGAUGAAGUUCAGCCGCAGCCAGUGGAAUCGCCUGGCCACGGAUAGGGAUCUGUUGCUCUGUCUAAAGAAUACCAAGGAUGUGCAUGACAGUGCAGAGGUCACGGUCCGCGUAACGCCCGAAAUCUCGACCUUCGUGGAAGUUUCGGAGCUCUGCACUGAAGAUCUGAGCGCCAUAAAACUGAACUACAAGAAUACCUGGCGUAAUAUUGGGACCUACUCGGAUCUGCAUCAGGUGAUCAACUCAAUGUAUUCGUAUGCCACGGAUGUGCGUAAUCGGGAUGCCAACCAGAUGUACUAUCUUCGCCAGCUUCUUCAGGAGAUCCGACCCCUGAGCUUCUCCUAAAGCCCCAAACGCUGCUCAGCCGACAACUGCCAAACAAAAACACAGACCACAGCGUACACUUUUAAAUUACCAGCAAUUAAAUGCAAUUGCCUUACAACAAA